UCAGACUCGUCUUGUUUCGAGAGAGGCAACUUAUCAGAUGAUACGUGGAUAUGCGGCAUGUGGUGCAACAUCGUGCAACACGCCGUGCAACAUGUUGUGAAAAGGAUGUGAAACAGACGGGCAUGGUGUAUCAUGAUGUAAAUGCUGAUUGAUCUCUCAUGUUUCUUGAUUUUGGGGCUCCAGCUCUCUUGCAACUUGUACCGCCUUCGAUCUCGUCGAUCCCCUCGCGUUUGAGUCAACAUGGCCCUUCCCAUGAAGAAGUCCGUGAUGAAGAGCAUGAAGGCAAUGAAAAAGACCACCGCGAUGAAAGCUCGAGUGAUGAAGAAGAAGGCAGUGAGCAAGAUUGCUCGAGGAAAGUCGGCAAAGGCCGUGGUCUUCAGGGGCAGCAAAGAGAAGACUGCAACAGGUUUCAAACAGACAGACUUGUUGAAGAACAAGCGUAACAAGGUUGUGACCAAGAAGCAGCAUGCUGCCGGCAAGAAAGCCUACAAAAACAUCUCCGCUUGGACCACCGCAGUGACAAAGGCCAGGAAGGAGUUGGGCAUCAAAGGCUUCUGCGCUGUGAACGGCAAGACAGCGCAGGGCAAGGCUCUCUAUGCCAAGGCCAAGGCCAUCUAUGCCGCCUGAACGGUUGAGAGAUGUUGAGAGA